AAUAUAUGAAUACCCCAGAAGGUGAAAGAAGAGACACACCAAUGUACUUAAUAUAGUAAACAUUUAAAUAGUAUUUAUCUCUAGCCACAAUAAUACACUCGAGAACCCCUAUAUAUUCUCAGUCCCUUCAUUUGAUUCCAUACCAAUCUCACGAUUCUCACCAAAUCAUAUCCGAUAUCACAACCGAAAUAACUAACCCCUUAAAAAAAAAAUGUCUAUCACAUCAGCCUCCAAAUAUUCAAUAAUCUCAAUUAUAUCUUUACUCAGCUUAUCAUUCUUCCUCCAAGGAACUCAUGGAGACGACGGAGGUUGGCAAGGUGGCCACGCUACGUUCUACGGCGGCGAAGAUGCUUCCGGCACCAUGGGCGGAGCUUGUGGCUAUGGAAAUUUGUAUGGCCAAGGUUACGGGACGAACACGGCGGCUUUAAGUACGGCUUUGUUCAACAACGGACUCACGUGUGGCGCGUGCUAUGAGAUGAAGUGUAACGAUGACCCGAGGUGGUGUCUCGGGUCUACCAUCACCGUCACAGCCACUAACUUUUGCCCACCAAACCCUGGCCUCUCCAACGAUAAUGGAGGUUGGUGCAAUCCUCCUCUUCAACAUUUCGACCUAGCCGAGCCAGCUUUUCUCCAGAUCGCUCAGUAUCGUGCCGGCAUUGUUCCUGUUUCUUUCCGAAGAGUACCAUGUAUGAAGAAAGGAGGAAUAAGGUUCACGAUCAACGGACAUUCAUACUUCAACCUCGUCCUGAUCUCGAACGUAGGAGGAGCAGGAGACGUACACGCUGUCUCGAUCAAAGGCUCAAAAACACAGUCGUGGCAAGCAAUGUCUAGAAAUUGGGGACAAAACUGGCAGAGCAAUUCUUACAUGAACGACCAAAGCCUUUCCUUCCAGGUCACCACCAGCGAUGGUCGCACACUCGUUAGCAAUGACGUGGCUCCUUCUAAUUGGCAAUUCGGACAAACCUACCAAGGCGGUCAAUUCUGAUCAGACCAUCAUCAUCCACAUCUCUCUGUUUUGGGUGCUGACGUGGCUGCGUAUUGCUGAGGUGGCUCGUAAGCACCCGCUUAGCUUAGCCUCUCUCUUUUUUUGUUUUUUGUUUUCUUAUAUAAGAAUUAUUAUUGCUUCAAUGGUUGUAUUUUCUUUCAUUAAUUGUGCCUACAAAAAGCAAAUUUUUUUACAUGUUUAAUGAAUUUAGCCUUAUUGGCCUUGUUUUCUUUGUAAUCCAGUAUCGCUAUAACUAUAAGCCCAAAAUAUUGAAAUAA